CCCUUCAACUCUCAAAAAUGCCAAUUCCACUUUCUCCUCUUCCUCCUCCUCUCUCACAAAUUAAUUCUUGAUUUUCGUUGAUUUCUUUUGUUUUGGGCUUUCCUUUUUCCAUGGCGGAAAGAGAGGGUUUUGAGGGGGAGCGGCGAGCGUCAUCAGCCGCCACAGCUUCUACUACUCCUAGUUUUUCUCAGUUGUUGUUCGGAGACGAUGAUGACGAUGAUGUUGUCACGGGUCUUGAUUACGGGCAGAGUUUCACCUACACUCCUGUUUUCCCUGUUCCUGAUAAUCGGAAGCCUCCCAAAAUGCUUUGCUUCGGAGGCCCACAAAGUGACGCCGACCAUGAGAUGGUACUUUUCGGUGGCAAAGUAAUUACUACUCACACCAUAACUCCUCAGAGAUCCGGCGUUACAUGCAGUGAUUCUUCUUCGGCUUCCUCCGGCAACAACAGCAUCGCCGCUGCUUCUAAUGCCAUAGCUAAAUCUAAGAAAAAGAGAAGAGGAGGUCAAGAAUCGGCGCAGUGCACGAGUAAUGCCGGAGUUGCGGCUGCGGCAACGAACCAAAGAAUUGCAAGUAAAAAGAGCAAGCCCGAGAAUACCACAUCAACUGGUACAGCUAAGAGAAAAGAAAGGCUGGGAGAAAGAAUCACAGCAUUGCAGCAGCUGGUUUCACCCUUCGGCAAGACAGACACCGCAUCAGUGCUGCAUGAAGCGAUGGGAUAUAUCAGGUUCUUACAAGAUCAGGUUCAGGUUCUCUGCUCUCCUUAUCUUCAUCACCUGAGACCUGGUUGUAGAAAAUUAAGAUUACCUGACAAUCUUGGUCUAAUCAUUUAUUAUGUGAUUCUUAUGUGAUUCUUAUGUGGAUUAUAACGUGGGAGUUACAUGAUAAAUGGUUUUGAUUCUUUUGAUUCUGUCAGAUGGAGAAGGGAGUCUUGACUUUUUAUUUUUUAAUUUUUAUUUUAUAUUAAAUUAUAAAAUAUUAAUUUUUAAAUUAAAUGAUAUAUUUAUUUAAUAAUAAAUGUUCUACAAUAUAAUACAGGUCAAAAGAUAAAAAAGCAUACUCAUAUACAACAAUAAUUCGUCUACAAAUUUAGACAACACAUGUAUUCACCAUCUUGAUGUCAGUCAGUAAUUUUCAGUAACUUAGUGUCAUGUAGUCCAUCAUAAAAUAUGCGUCCAAGUAUGCUGGGUCCCAUAGAAAUGUGACUGGACUGGAGUGGACUGACCGGUGCGGAAAAAUUUGACCGCGGGGAAUUUAUUACAUUUUGACGGGGUCAGGUCAAAUUAAAAUACUGGGCCACUAAAUCACCCGUGUGUUUCUGAUUUGGACAGGAGGGCGGAGAAAACGGAGGGGAAGAAUUAGGGAAGGACCUAAGGAGUAGGGGGCUGUGCCUGGUUCCAGUGGCAUGCACCGUACACGUGGAGAGUAGCAACGGUGCAGAUUUCUGGUCACCUGCGAUGGGGACCCAUGUGACCCAGCAGUGAAUUUUAGCCCUUUUGUGGUGGGGAAAAAAAAUAGUACCAUGAGGAAAAUAUGUGCAAAUUUGGAGUUUGUGACUGAGGAGAAUUUUUGAAAGGAUAAUGGAUCAUGGAUGGAUGGGUGAAGGAGAGAAGAACAGGGGAGAUUUUCCUUUUUAUGUUUUUCUUUUUUCUGGGGUUUUGGUGGCUUUAGCAUGACCUACACUUGUAAAUUGGGUAGGCUUAACCUAUUACCAAUGCAAUUUUGAGAAGAGGGCUGGUUGCCUCUUUGCAGUAGUUCUCUCAAUUCUCCUGGCUUUGCUUUUCCACAGCUUUUAAUGGCUUAUUUUACAUGCCUCAUGCGUUACCCCAGUCAGUAUUCUCUGUGU